UUAGUAAUUGGAACAGAAUUUGUGAACAUAGAUAUGCUUCCUAAAGAAUUGAAUGGAAUAAUAGUAUUUGGAUUUCCUGGCCAAACAUUUUUAAUUAUGAUCCCAAGUCUAGGGAUUGAAAUUAAGUAUUAUGAAUUAACUGGUGGAUUUAGCAUAAAACUGCCGUCAGAGAAAUUCUUCAAUAAAACCAGAGGUUUAUGUGGUAAUUGUAAUAAAAAUAAUAAGGAUGAUAUCAUUUCUCAGAAUGAAACUAGUGUAAAUGAAGUUGUUGAUUUUGUAUGUAGUUGGUCAGAAGAUAGAAAUGUAAAAAAUUGUAAAUUAUCUUUUUAUAAAAAGCAUAUAUCUAAUGAAAGUUUAGAAGAAAACUGUACAGAAAUUUUGGAUCCAAUGUUCAAUGCAUGUCACUUGAUUAUAGACCCUGUUUUAUAUCAGACUGCUUGUAUCUAUGAUGCUGNAUGUGGAAAUAAUUGCCUCGGUUUUCAUUGGUUUUGGAUUUCUCUGAUUCAUAUAUCUAAUGAAAGUUUAGAAGAAAACUGUACAGAAAUUUUGGAUCCAAUGUUCAAUGCAUGUCACUUGAUUAUAGACCCUGUUUUAUAUCAGACUGCUUGUAUCUAUGAUGCUGCUAGUUCGGCAGAUCCUCAUUCAGUAAUUUGCAAUAGUUUAAUGGAAUAUGCAAAGCAGUGUUGUUCAGCUGGAAUCUCAAUGCAAGAUUGGUACAAAAAAUAUAAUUGCA